CGGAAGAGACCCAAAAGAUCAUGGACAUUGUCUACGGGAUUCGUGGACAUUGGCUACGUAGUUUAAUGUGCACGUUUUGUGCACAUAGAGGCGCUAACCCACGGAAACACGUAAAAUGCGGGCAUGUCCACUCUCAGUCUUCUCUCAGAUUGGAUCCAUGGAUCAUUCAUAUGUACUUGCAUCAAUGUCAUGUGAUCACAUGUUGUAAAAGAAAUAAAAAUAUUGAACAAGCUCAGCAUUUAGAAACUGUAUGAGAACAAUUAAAAUAUAAAGUAAAACACAAUUGUGUAAUUAAUUUUUCAACAAUGACAGAAAAAGUGCGGAGAUAUGAAAAAAUCGACUUUUUAGGCGAAGGGCAGUUUGCCACAGUUUAUAAAGCGAGAGAUGUGGAAACAAAUAAAAUCGUAGCUGUUAAAAAGAUUAAAGUAGGAAGUCGCGCAGAAGCAAGAGAUGGAAUAAAUAGAACUGCUUUGCGAGAAAUUAAACUAUUACAAGAGUUAAAACAUGAUAACAUCAUUGGUCUUUUAGAUGUUUUUGGCUACAAAUCAAAUGUAUCAUUAGUAUUUGAUUUUAUGGAUACUGAUUUGGAAGUGAUAAUAAAAGACAGCAAUAUAGUUCUAACAGCAGCUAACAUCAAGGCUUAUAUGAUCCAAACCUUACAAGGCUUAGAUUAUCUUCAUUUCAAUUGGAUACUUCACAGAGAUUUAAAGCCAAAUAAUUUAUUAGUGAAUUCAGAGGGUGUUUUAAAAAUUGGAGAUUUUGGUUUGGCAAAGUUUUUUGGAUCGCCUAAUCGGAUAAACACUCAUCAAGUAGUCACGAGAUGGUACAGAGCGCCUGAAUUACUUUACGGUGCUAGACUUUAUGGAACUGGGAUCGAUAUGUGGGCGGUAGGCUGUAUAUUAGCUGAGCUUUUGCUGCGAGUGCCUUUUUUACCUGGUGAAUCUGAUUUGGAUCAACUCACAAGGAUAUUCCAGACACUGGGCACUCCUACAGAGGAAACAUGGCAAGGGAUGACUGAAUUGCCAGACUUCAUUCAAUUCAAACCUUUCCCAGGCACACCGUUGAAGCACAUAUUCACCGCUGCCAGUGACGAUCUGCUCGAUUUAAUCGCUAGUCUUUUGAAUGUCAAUCCAUUGGAAAGAUGUACAUGUGAUCAAGCGCUGCAGAUGCCGUACUGCAGUAACAAGCCAGCGCCUACACCUGGACCUAAAUUACCUCUGCCUACAACCAUCAAACGUCAACGUGAAGAAAGACCUAGUUUGAAAAGAAAAUUAUUAGAGUCGAUAGAAGGUGCCUCUUUAGCGAAAAAAUUACAAUUUUAAUUGUGAUAUUAGCACAAAUGGACAAAGCGGGAAAUUGUUGAAUACAAUAGUGAAAAUUUUGGAAAUUAGAAGAACGAAGAUCUUUGUUGUGAUACUGUAUGUGCAAGUAUUAUAUCGGCAUUGUGGCAUCAUGAAAAGUAUUAUUAUUUCAAUACUUCAAUAAUGAUAUUUAUAUGUAUAUACACGCAUAACAAAUUAGAUCACGUUUAAUAAUCUGAAAUUUUUUUAAACAAAGUUUGAUAAGAGAUUCUAACUAAUUCUUUCUGAAUUACUGGAAAAUAUUGAAAGAUUUUUGUCAAGCAGAGCACAAUAUUCUGAAUGAUUAAUAAUCGAGAAUGAAUGAGGUAUAGGAAUAAAUACAUGUAGCAGAUAGCAACAUGAAAUGAAUAAAUAAAUGAAUGAAUAAAUGAUGCGUAUGUUAAAAAAUGCAA